AUGGCCCCUGAGAAAGACCAGAACUCCGAACGGACUGCCUCCGACGAAGUCGACUGGGACAAAAUGGCUGAAUGGACGGCUCAGUCCAAACAAGCUUGGAUAGACCCCCGGACAAGAAGGGAGAUGGCCCGGAAAAGGGCCAAGGAUGCCGUCGUCGCAGAGUCGAAGCCGCCCGAGCUUACCGCCGAGGAGAGGAGCAAGAAACUGACUGAGCUUCACGCCGAGAUGCAUGAACAUGUCAAACGGCUUGUUGCAGAGAGAAACCCCGAGCAAGGUCCCAAAGAGUCGAAGUGA